AAAAUCUAAGGUGGGGCCCGGGAAUCUUUGUAGACGAGUACCAUGCAAUAUAAUUUUCUGUAGUGAUGUAAAUGUUCUAUAUCUGCUCUGUCUCAUGUGAUAGCCUCUGGUCACAUACGGCUAGUGAGCACUUGAAAUGUGUGACCCAUGCAACGGAGGAACUGGAAAUUUCAUUUUAUUUAAUGCAUGUUAAUUCUACUUAAUUAAGUUAGUGGCCAUCGUAGUGGACAGUGUAGUUUUAGACUUCAGCCCCAGCGUGGUCUUUCUCAGCAGCGUAGUAGUUGAGAAGACAGGCAGAGGGAGGGCCCAGGGCUAUGGGCAUAAAGGUAACUCUCCAGUCAUAAAGAUUAGGGUUUUAUGGACUUUAAUCCUUCCCCAUCCUCACACAUUAAUGGGCUUGUUCGAAACACACUAUCUUUGGGAAGGGUGCUGCUAGAGAGUUGGGGACCCUUGCUCCUGACCUGAGUCCACAAACUUAAUCGUUUUGUUUUUUACAUCUGGGGUCCCAAGUAAAGCGCCUUCAAGACCCUAGCUUUUCGUACCCGGACGGACAAUAUUCUAAUGUACAGAGUAGGGUAAAAGAAGCUGUCACCCUCGGCUCAUCCUGGGUGUCUCUGCGCCCCGUUUUGAUGAUUAUGGCGACAACGUCUUUGGAGAGGAUGGCUUUUGCACCUAGGUGAGAAAUAAAGGGUCUUCCUGAAGACUUGUGCUGUUCUCUAAACCAGAGCUUCUGAUGUUAAUGGGAGCCAUUUGGGAGGCUGUGAAAAUGCAGAUUUUGAUUCAGCAGGUUCUGGGCAGGACCUGAGAUUUUGCAGUUCUUGCAAACUACCUGGGGAAGCUAGAGCCCAUUUGGAGGAGCAAAGCUUUAGUCCUAGAGUCAGGGUUACAUACAGCAGUCCCCCGCCCCAUCUGCAGGGGACACUCCCGACUCCCCGUGGACGCCCGCAACCGUGAACAGUACCGAACCCCAGAUGUCCUAUGUUUUUUCCUAUUCAUACAUCCCUAUGAUAAAGUUUAAUUAGGGCCCAGCAGGAGAUUGAAAACAAUAACUAAUAUUAAACAGAACCGUUAUAACAAUCUAGACUGUAAGAAGAGCUAGGUGAAUGUGGUCUCUCUCGCUCUCUCAAAACACUUUAUUUGUACUCUUCUGGCCCUUCUUGUGAUGAUGUGCGACGAUAAAAUGCCUGCCUGAUGAGGCGACAUGAGUCUGAGGUGGGCACUGCGACAGAGCCUUAGGGUACUACUGACCUUCUGACGAUUUGUGAGCAGGACCACCGUCUGUUUCUGGACUGCAGUCGACCGUCGACCGUGUAACUGAAACCUUGGUGAGGGAAACUCUUUAAUUGCCUUUCCCUGCCUCUCACGGCCACCACCAGGUGGCGGCAGGCCCACCGCUCUGGCCUCCGUCGCUCUUCUCUCAGGACCGGAGCCCUCAUUUUCCUCAUUUUGUACUAUCUGAUUCACUUAGAAUGAGGACCAUUCCAGGCCUCUGAGGCCUUCCCUCCAGGGCUCCAGUGGGAGCCAGCUGCGUUGUGUUGUGCACAGCCCUCGGAGGACACGAGAAGCUUCUCUCUGUGUGUGUGGGCUUCCCCCGUAGACGGAACUUGGGGCUCAGAGGCCCUGGUUUGUCAUCUUACCAGCCCUCAGCACCGAGAUGGUGCCCCAUUUUCAUACAUACAGGAAUCGACCUAAAAGAUGUUCCUGAUAUGUUUUCCUUAUUAAAAAAGCAAUGUAUUCUUUUUAAAAAUUUCACAAAGUAUAGAAAAGGAAAACAAGAAAAUAUUAAUUUUCCAUAAACUCACCUCCCUCCCCCCCCAAAUUAAUAUGUUUGUGAUUUGGUCAUUUAGUCUUAUUCCAUGCUUUUAAGGUUAUACAUUUUUCUUUUCUUUUGUAAAAGUGAAAUGAGUACAUAAAUUUAAAUUGAUAAAAUGUGUGUACUAAAAUUUAACCAGUUUUGCCUUUUUUAGCUUGAAAGAAGAAUUUCAGGCAAAAAUGAAAUCUCUUUUUGAAAUGGUUUGUUUCUAUGUUCUAACACUUCUGAGCACGAUUACAACUCCAGAAGAUCUCUUUUCGUUCUAACUUUUGAUUUAAUUUUUUUCCAAAAAUUUUUAAAUGUUUAUUUAUUUUUAAGAGACAGAGAGAAACAGAGCAUGAGUGGGGGAAGGACAGAGAGAGAGGGAGACACAGAAUCCUAAGUAGGCUCCAGGCUCUGAGCUGGCCUCACGGAGCCCGAUGUGGGGCCCGUGAUAUCGUGACCUGAGCCGGAGUCGGACGCUUAACCGACUGAGCCACCCAGGCGCCCCCCCAACUUUUAAUUUUAAAUCUGCUUAUAUAUAUAUCUAGUAAACCUGAUCAUUGUAGAAAAUUUGUAAAAACAGACUUUUAUGUAAAAACAAACAUUUAUUUUAUCCAGUCUUUUUGUUGUUGUUAUUCAGCACUUACAUAAUCAUCUUAAAAAAAAAAUCUGUGAUUAUAAUGUAUAAGCAACUUUAUAUUCUGAUGUUUCUCUUGUCUCUUAUUAAGCUUAUGGAAAAUUUAGAACAAAACAGAUUCAGAGUAAUAAGCAAGUCGCCUGUGUCUGCCCAGAAACACCAUCAUCAGGGUGUUAGCACCUUUCCUUUUAUGUGUCUUUUUAAACAGUUUUUUAAGUUUACUUAUUUAUUUUUGAGAGGGAAAGAGAGAGAAAGAGAGAGCACGAGCUGACAGAGAGGCAGAGACAGAGAGUCCCAAGCAGGUUCCGCACUGUCAGCACGGAGCCAGAUGUGGGGCUCAAACUCACAGACCACGAGAUCAUGACCUGAGCGAAACCAAGAGUCAGAUGCUUCGUCAACUGAACUGCCCAGGAGCCCCCUUUUACGCACCUUUACAUUGUUGAUAUCAUUCUCUGGUUUCUUUCCUGACGUGUGGAAUUUUCUCUGACCCACUGCUUGACUAUUCAGAACCACACAACCAUGCGUUUAUUAUACAACCGCAUCUAAUUGUCUGUAUUGUCAAGCUUAGUAUAUUUCUGUUCAGUUUCAAGAAGACUUUUAUACUAGUUUCCCUAGUGGAAGAAUGAUGUUCUAGAAAAGCUGUUGAUGGCGUGAGGUCGGGCACACGAGACUGUUGGAAGUGGCUCCUUUUCCAAGGGUCCGGUUGUUCUGUGAAUUUCACUGUUGUGAAACACUGUUGUGUUGUUCUAUGAAUUUUCACUGUUUUCUAUGUGUUCGUUGGCAUUUUAGGAUGAACUUGGGAGGGCUGAUCUGGGAGUGCUAGUCAGUCAGUGUUACACCACAUACACGUUUCCUGGGUCUCUGGCUGAGGUGAUGUAGAUCUUCCUUUGCCACGCGGUUUCCAUCUCUUUUUCUGUGGAGGAUGGUGUAAAGUGGGUCUUGCUUCUGUCUGGCACCUGGAGGUCUCUUGAGUAGAAGUCAAAGUGCGUUUGUCCCCGAGGUCAGUAUGUAUUGCUGUGUGGGUGUAUGUGUGUGUGUUUCUGGUGCUCUGACUUGAUGUGUUGAAAGGGGAUCCCGGUGUAUAUCAGAAGGCACAGCAGGUAAUGUUGGAACUGUGCUUGGAUCCUGGGUCCCUUUCACCAUUGUUGUGUGCUCCCUGACAUGCUGUGCCUUCAGUGUGGGAAGCCAACACCCAAGGCUUGCUCUCAAGGAGACCGGCUUAUGGAGCCAGUUUUGCUUGUGUUCCUUCAAACCAGGAGUGCUUGGGAAUUUACACGCUCUCAGGGCAGCCUGUAGCCAGUGACACAGUGAGGUGAGCAUUUGAAAGCCCGUCUCCCUGACUUCUCAUGGGGACACCUGUUAGGAGUACUCACGUUGGAGCUCCCCUGUGGGUUCAGGCAAGGCCACCUGGCUUCCUCCCUGACCCCUAAUCUGCUUCCCCCAUUUCUCCGCUGGUCGCCUCCUUCAUGAGCAGCUUGCACACAAAUCCUUGACUCGGGGCCUGCUGCUGGGGAAGCUGAUGAAGACAGGAUGCUUUCAAUCUUUUUCUCAUUUUCAACUAGUUCAUCUCUUUUAAAGCGUCCCUGCUCUAUUAGAACAUGACGUUGAAUAUUCGUUCGUCUCUGCACGAUGUGAUGGCACUUGACGCCGUGGGCCAGGCCCUUUCCACUGGGUGUGAAAACACACAACCUAUGUGCUCAGUAAGAUUCCGUUGUAAGCACGAGCGCUUUCUGAGUGUAUCACCUGAUAGCAAAAUAAAACAUUUGCCCUUUUCAACAUUGUCUCCGCGGAGGUUUUCUAAUCAUGGCGACUUUCUCAAGUAAAUGGAACCAAGGGGGUAUUGUCUUCCAUUCUCUGGCCAGAGAGGUGGCUCCUUCCUCUUGGCUUUUUCCUGCUUGCCAGUAAGACUCACGGGUGGCUGGCGUAUGGUUGGAUGUUACUGUGGUGCUAAGCCCUCCUCUUGCUGUCUUACUUCCCUGAACUGUUGUUAUGUCAGUUAUCUAUAGCCGUGUAACACAUCGCUCCCCAAAUGUAGUCUCUUGAAGCAACCAGCACUUAUUUCGCUCAUGAUCCUGCAGGUCAGUAGUUUAGGCUGGGCUGUUCUCGUAGCUUUAACUGAAUUCCUCCAAGUGUCUGUGGACGUGCCGGUCUUGGCCAGGCCCUUUCACAUCUAUGGAGCCUCAGUUUGGACAGCUGGACUGAUUUCCUCUUUGUUCUACGCUGUCUCUUGUCCUCCCAAGGACGAGACUGGACCUAUUCCCAUGGCAGAGGCCUGGGUCUCAAGAGAGCAAAUAGAACUAAGCCAGGCCUCUUGAGACCCCGCCUCAGAACGAGCAUCAAAAUCACACCCACUGCAUUCUAGAAGUCCAGAAGCCAGGCCAGAAGCCAGGGUGGGGAGGAGAAAAGGCUCCACCUCUUGAUGGAAGGUGAUGCGAAGUCACCUGGCAAAGCACGGGCGUACACGGAGGGGUGGAGACCUGGGGUUGUUUUUGCAACCUGCCACGGCUGUGGCCCCUGUAUUCAGAAGCAUCAUCUGGCCCCUGUAUUCAGAAGCAUCGUCUGGCCCCUGUAUUCAGAAGCAUCGUCUGCUUGUUUUGUAGGACUGACCAAUGGUGAUGGACCCGCUAGCGAGACCGACACUUUCCGGAAGGCCGCUGAGCAGCUGGUCAAGUACAUGAACUCAGGAAACUGGCUGCUGCAUAAAAACUUUCUGAAGCAAGAAGUAGUUCAAAGGUUCUUACGCCUCCUUUCUUCUCUGCAAGAAAUUCCUCCUGACCUGGUCUGUGACAUUAACCGUGACUGCGCCAACACCUUCAUCAAGUUUUUGCUGGAGAAACAGAAGUGGCCUGAAGUGCUUCUGCUGCUGACCCGCAAGGUAAAUGGGGAGCCGCCCCUGGGCGACUGCCUCCUCAAGGGCUGCAACUUCUCCGACCUUGACCUCUGCGCCCUCAUCCCCCGCCUCAGCGCUUGGGACCCUCGGAGGAUGCAGCUCCUGGGCUGCCUCAUCGACAGUGGAGCCUUGCCCGAGGGUCUCCAGGACAGGCAGGAGACGCCGCUUGUCUUGUGCCUGAAACACGAGGACUUUGAGCUGGCUUUUCUUCUCUUGACCAAGGGUGCGGACCCCCGCGGUAUCACCCUCACGGAAGGUGAUACCCCUCUGCAUGCAGCGCUCCACAUCUUUUUAGAUAUCAGAGCUGACAUCGGUUUUAACUUCCUCAGCCACCUGCUGGAUCUCUUCUGGUCCAACCCCGCUGAAUUUUGCUACCUCAACCCCAACACCCAGGACAGCAACGGAAACACGCUGAUGCACAUCCUCUUCCAGAAGGGCAUGCUGAAGCGGAUGAAGAAGCUAAUAGACCUGCUGGUGAAGUUUGACAUCAACUUCAACCUGAAGAACAAAGAAGGCAAAGACGCGCGGCACCGGAUCAAGAAGAACGAUGCCCUGCUCUUGGCCUGGAACAAAGCUCUGGCCGAGUCCAGGCACAGGAGCCGGCAGGAUUCUGCCGCCCACUCGGGGAGGCUCCCGAGGCCCGCCGCCCCCGGUCACACGUCUCAGCUCAGGUCCCAGGGUUCAUCCAAGUCUCUGUCGUGCAGCAUCAACGCCAGGACCCUGCCCAAAGGAGCUGUGGUCCCCGACAGCUGGGAGACUCUCCCGGGUGCACAGGCAACGAAGCAGGACCCGGGGGCCGUCAGGCCCUGCUCUCUGAGAGACCGGCUGGUGCGGGACAUCACGGGUUUAAUUCAGCAGCUUGAACCGAAUCCGUCCCUCCCAGAGGACUGUUCUCAGGGCUCUGAGCCUCUGGAGACAGGAGCUGGUAGGGAGGUAAAGAAGGACGAGCUCCAGCGAGCCCUGGGGGCGCGAGGCUCUGACUCCAGUGGGAACAGCCACACCAUCCUCGAGGCAGGGGGUGGACUUGCUCAGGCGGGCCUCGGGGCCUCGCGGCUCGUUCCCGCUGGCCCCAGAGGGAGAGAAGGCAGUGACGAUCUGGACAGCUGGAGCACGCAGGAGAUCGAGGCCUGCCUCCAGGACUUCGAGAACAUGACAUGGGAGAUCGAGUGCACUUCAGAAAUGCUGAAGAAGCUGUCCAGUAAGGUAAUGACUAAGGUCAUGAAGAAGAAAGUCAUCCUAGCCAUCCAGCAGCUGGGGAACGGCGAGUGGACCCAAGGCCUCCAGAAGCGGCUGAAACAUCUGAAAGGAAGCAUCCGGCUCUUCGAGGCCAAGCUGGACAAGGGGGCCCGGAUGCUCUGGGAGCUGGCCAUCGACUUCUCCCCUCGAUGCAGCGAGAACCCGGAGAAGGUCAUCACCACGGAGCGGACCCUGCGCUGCCCGGAGAAGUCGGGUCGGGUCUACACAGAAAUCAUCCGGAUCUGGGACAUCGUCUUGGACCACUGCAAGCUGUCGGACUCCAUCAGGGCCAUCUGCAGCGCCUAUAACCGGGGCCGGUCCUGCGUCCUGCGGAAGAAGCUGAAGGGCAUCCACCAAGGCCAGGUGUCGGCCAGCGUGAAGGUCCUCAAGCGCAUACCCCGCUGCUACGUGGAAGACACGGAGGCCGAGGAGAGCCGGGGGCACGCGGACCCCGAGUACUUCCCGCCCGCCAGCGCGGUGGAGACAGAGUACAACAUCAUGAAGUUCCACAGCUUCAGCACCAGCAUGGCCUUCAACAUCCUCAACGACACGACGGCCACGGUGGAGUACCCCUUCCGGGUGGGCGAACUCGAGCAUGCCGUGAUCGGCCUCAACCCCAGGCCGCUGGAGCCCAUCAUCCUCAUCGGCCGCAGCGGCACCGGGAAGACAACUUGCUGCCUGUACCGGCUGUGGAAGAAUUUCCACGGUUACUGGGAAAAGGCUGGGCAGGCGGGAAGCCCGCUGCUGGCCAGACAGAUGUGGCUGAAGAGAAGGCUGGAAGUAGACCCCGGAAAGGAGGGUCCGGGUCCGGAGGAAGAGGAAGAGGAGGAGGAGGAAGGGGAGGAGGAGGAAGGGGAGGAGGAGGAGGAGGAGGAGGAAGCGGAGGGCUCCCGGGAGGCGGAAGCCGUGGACGGCACAGACGAGGAGCAGGACCCUGAAGCCCGUGCGGGGGGACCCGGCGGGGAGCCGGGGGGGCCUGGCCGGGGGGCCGAAGCGCGCACCCCAGAGCAUCUCCGCCAGCUGGAGCAUUUACAUCAGAUCUUCGUGACCAAGAACCACGUCCUGUGCCGGGAGGUACAGCGGAAUUUCAUCGAGCUUUCCAAGUCUACCAAGGCCACCAGUCACUACAGACCCCCGGAACCCAACGUCCACAAACUCCAGGACCUGAGGGACGAGAACUUUCCACUGUUUGUCACUUCCAAGCAGCUGCUCCUCCUGCUGGACGCUUCUCUGCCCAAACCAUUUUUUCUGAGAAACGAAGACGGCAGCUUGAAAAGAAGCAUCGUGGGAUGGUCCACACAGGAGGAGGUGACCAUCCCCAAUUGGCAGGAGGAGGAGGAGGAGGCCGAGGCGGACGGCGACAAUGGUGAGGAGGAUAGGGCGGCGGAAAUGCGUCCGUGCGACAGUGACCCCCGGGUGUAUGUGACAUUUGAGGUGUUCACCAAUGAAAUAUGGCCCAAAAUGAUCAAAGGGAAAACCUCCUACAACCCUGCACUGAUUUGGAAAGAGAUCAAAUCUUUUCUGAAGGGGUCCUUUGAGGCCCUCAGCUGCCCGCAGGGGAGACUCACGGAAGAAGCAUAUAAGAAAUUAGGGAGGAAGCGGUGCCCCAAUUUCCAGGAAGACCGGAGCGAGAUCUACAGUCUCUUCUGCCUGUACCAGCAGAUCAGGUCUCAGAAAGGUUAUUUUGACGAAGAGGACGUUCUGUACAACCUGUCCUGGAGGCUGUCGAAGGUCAAGGUGCUCCCGUGGUCCAUCCACGAGCUCUAUGGCGAUGAGAUCCAGGACUUCACUCAAGCCGAGCUGGCGCUGCUGAUGAAAUGCAUCAAUGACCCCAACGCCAUGUUCCUCACGGGGGACACGGCCCAGAGCAUCAUGAAGGGGGUGGCCUUCCGCUUCAGCGACCUGCGCUCUCUGUUCCACUACGCCAGCAAAAGCACCUCGGACAAGCAGUGUGCCGUCCGGAAGCCCAAGAAGAUCCACCAGCUGUACCAGAAUUACAGGUCCCAUUCAGGAAUCCUUAAUCUGGCCUCUGGAGUGGUGGAUUUACUUCAGUUCUAUUUCCCAGAAUCUUUUGAUCGCCUCCCCAGGGACUCUGGCCUCUUUGAUGGUCCCAAACCAACUGUCCUGGAGUCUUGUAGUGUAAGCGACUUGGCAAUUUUGCUCCGAGGGAACAAAAGGAAAACCCAGCCCAUUGAAUUUGGAGCCCACCAGGUAAUCCUUGUAGCUAAUGAAGUGGCAAAGGAGAAAAUUCCAGAAGAGCUGGGGUUAGCACUUGUGCUCACAGUUUAUGAAGCCAAAGGCUUAGAAUUUGACGAUGUGCUCCUUUACAACUUUUUUACUGAUUCUGAGGCUUACAAGGAAUGGAAGAUCAUUUCCUCAUUUACACCUUCAUCAUCCGACUCCAGACAGGAAAACCGGCCACUGAUUGAAGUGCCCCUGGAAAAACCCAGCUCCUCUCAGGGUCGGUCUGUUGUGAUGAAUCCAGAAAUGUACAAGCUCCUCAACGGAGAGCUGAAGCAGCUAUAUACUGCUAUCACACGGGCCCGGGUCAACCUCUGGAUCUUUGACGAAAACCCAGAGAAGCGGGCUCCUGCUUUCAAAUAUUUCAUGAGAAGAAAUUUUGUCCAGGUUGUGAAGACAGAUGAAAAUAAAGACUUUGAUGACAGCAUGUUUGUUAAGACCUCAACCCCUGAGGAAUGGAUCGCGCAAGGAGAAUAUUAUGCUAAACACCAGUGCUGGAAGGUGGCAGCCAAGUGUUACCAAAAAGGAGGUGCGUUUGAGAAGGAGAAGCUGGCCCUGGCCCACAACACCGCCCUGAACAUGAAAUCCAAGAAAGUCAGCCCCAAGGAGAAGCAGGUGGAGUUCUUGGAACUGGCCAAGACCUAUCUGGAGUGCAACGAGCCAAAGCUGUGCCUCAAGUGCCUGAGCUGCGCCAAGGAGUUCCAGCUGUCUGCCCAGCUGUGCGAGAGGCUGGGGAAGAUAAAAGAUGCGGCCUAUUUCUAUAAGCGAAGCCAGUGCUACAAAGAUGCUUUCAGAUGCUUUGAGCAGAUCCAGGAAUUCGAUCUAGCACUCAAAAUGUACUGUGAACAGGAGCUUUUUGAAGAAGCUGCUAUUGCAGCCGAAAAGUACGAGGAAAUGCUGAGGGCCAAGACCCUUCCCAUAUCCAAGCUGUCUUAUUCUGCCGGUCAGUUUUACCUGGAAGCCGCAGCAAAGUACCUGAAUGCAAACAAGAUCAAGGAGAUGAUGGCGGUCCUCUCGAAGCUGGACAUAGAAGACCAGCUGGUGUUCCUGAAGUCUCGCAGACGGCUAGCGGAAGCUGCAGACCUGCUGAACGGGGAGGGUCGGAGAGAAGAGGCCGCCUUGCUGAUGAAGCAACACGGUUGCCUGUUGGAGGCUGCCCAGCUGACUGCCGACAAGGACUUCCAGGCCUCGUGUCUGCUGGGGGCUGCCCGCCUCAAUGUGGCCAGGGAUUCGGACGUGGAACAUACCAAGGCCAUUCUGAGAGAAGCUCUUGACCUCUGCUAUGAAACCAACCAGCUGGCCGGCAUUGCCGAGGCCCAGUUCCUUCAGGGGGUAAUCCUGAGAGACUUUCAAAAGCUCAAGGACGCCUUCUUCAAGUUUGACACACUCAAUCACUCGGCGGGAGUGGUGGAGGCACUCUACCAAGCUGCCAGCCAGUGUGAGGUCGAGCCUGAGAAGGUCCUGGCCCUGGCUCCGGGGGGCUUGGAAGUCCUCCUCAAUCUGGUCAGGGCCCUCAAAAGAGUGACCAACAAUGCCGAGAAGGAGAUGGUCAAGUCUUGCUUCGAGUUUUUUGGGAUUUCGCAGGUGGAUGCCAAGUAUUGCCAGAUAGCUCAGAACGACCCUGGACCCAUAUCAAGAAUCAUUCUUGACCUGGAUGUGAACCUGAGAGAGAAGAAAACAAAAGACUGUUUCUUGGUAACGACCGACCAGGUGAAACUGGCCCUCAACAAACACCUUUUGAGCAGGCUGCGUCAGAUCACGCAGAGCCUGUUUGGGAAGACCUACGCAGGCGUCUGCGUGAGGUUUAUCGUGGGCCUGAAAUGUGAGGUCGAAAACUGUAAAGAUUUCCACAGGCCCUUGCGGCGCUGCGAGGCCAAGUGUUUGGUUCAGUCAAAGAUACACUUGGUGGCAAUCAGCGGGUUGCUUUUGGAAGCCAAGAAAGUAUUCCCUAAAAUCUUAACAGAGGAACUCGAAGAAAUCGAUUACGUUUCGUCUGGCUAUAUGUACGGCCUUUGCAAAUCCUUCCUGAACGUCCUCUUCCCUAAGCAUUUCCACCAGAGAGUGUUGUCAGAAAACCCCACGGCCUGCAAAGAGAUCCUCAAACCGAACUACAAAUCCUUUCGGUCCUACAGGGCAGCUCUGAAAGAGUACGUCCGUCUUCUGUUUCAAAACGAGAGGGCACGAAGCCGCCGGGAGUCUACAGACCUGUGGCUGAACGCCAUGCAGGCGUUCCUGGUCUCCUCCAACUAUCCGGAGGAGUUCGAAAAGCUGCUCCGUCAGGAGGAGGACAACUACAACAGGGAACUCAAAGCUCUAGAGGCUGAAAAGGAGGAAAGGGGCAGGGGGAGGGGCGGCAAGGUGAAGGGAAUAGAAGGAAAAUUCGGCAUGUUGGCGCCCAACAAGGACGAUGACGGUGCCGAGAAGACCCACCUGUGCUUCAUCCGGCUGCUGGAGAAUUGCAUCGACCAGUUCUACGUGUACAGGAACCCAGAAGACUACAAGAGGCUCUUUUUCCGUUUCAUGAACGUCCUCGUCAAGAGGUGCAAGGAACCGCUCAUCCCCAGCAUUGGAAACACGGUGGCCCUGUUGGAGUUCCAGUUCGUCCACUGCGGGGUGGUCCUGGCCCGCCUGCGGAAGAACGCCAUCCUCCGCCUCCCCAAGAGCUACAUCGCGCUCUUGCACUACUGGGAGUUCCUGGUCAGCAAGAAGGACAGGGAGCCCGGGGACGUGUUCUCCAUCGUUCAGGAAUACAAGCCUAAGGACGUGGCCAGAGCCAUUCAGGAUUUCCGGUUCCACCUCUCCUACCUCGUCAAGGUGCUCUGCGGCCAAGAGAAUGGGAACUUCAACGUCCUGCUCGACGCCUUCGGUGAGAUAGACUGUGUGGUGUCCGGGGAGGCAGAGCGGACCCUGGUGCUGUGCUUGGUGAUGCUGGUCAACGCCGAGGAGGUCCUACAGCCGUACUGCAAGCCUCUCCUGUGCCGCCACUUCCAGGAGAUCCAGACGAGGCUGCAGCUGAUGAGUAGGGACUGCCCCGACCGGGUGCCCGAGAGGCUCCUGAAAGCGGCGAAGCGGGUGUUGAUGGCGGGCAACGUGAAGUCGGUGGCUGAGGCGCUGCGGGACCUGCUCUUCGAGCGGGACGAAGAGUACCUGAUGGACUGCUGCUGGCGGUGGGACAGCGCGCACGCCAAAGGGCCCGUGGUCCGCGGCCUCUACCACGAGGAGGUGAAACUGAGCCGCCUGCCCAGUGUGGAGCCCGCGGACUACCUUGCUGACCCCGAGUGUGAGAUCGGUCAGGACGAGACGGACGAGCUGGCGUCGGAAGACCGAGACCCCGUCCUCGCCGCCAUUCUUUCCCGGAAGCAGCGGAAGGCUUCCGUCCGGCGCAAGUUGAGGAGGGUGUGCCUGGUCGUGUCCUUGUGCAUCAGCUGGAGGAGAAGGGUGAGCACCCAGGCGGAGUGCUUCCGAGAGGAGACCAGGGAGCCCGGGGCCGGGAACUUUAAGAAGGCCGACAUCGACAGGACCCAGUGUGACCUGUGUGGGGUGAAGUUCAGCCGAGGUCCUGACAACUAUUUCGGCCCCGGGAAGGCACUUGAAGGAGCGGCUGCGGAGGCCGUGGCCCCUUCCACGGCCGAGCCGGGAGACGAGGAGGGUCCGGAGAAGAACAGCGAGUCUUACGAGCAGCACAUCCGCCUGGAAAGCCAUCAGAGGCAGCAGGUGGCCUACCAGAGGUACUUCGAAUUUUUCCAUGAGAAGGUGGACCCGGCCAUCGACGAAGGCAAGCUGCUGGUGCAGGACAUUGAGCAGAGCGUGUGGAUCCGCAGUCACCUGGGCUCCAAAGAGCACAGCCAUAUGUUGCAGAGGAAGGUCCAGGAGAACAUCAAGAAGGUCUCGGAUACGGUGGAGGACCUCUACAGGCGGAAGGCCUGGGCUGGCGCAGAGGAGGUGAUGGCUCAUUUGGUCAACAUGCUGAUCCCGUCCGUCAGGGAUGCGCGGGCAUGGCUGAUGAAGGCAGAGCUCCACUUAAAUGAGGAAGGUAUUGUCCAGGAAGAUGAUUACGAAAAUGAAGCCGAGGACUUUGGUGAACUCCGUCCUCGAAGGCGUUCGCGGAAAGGUGGAAAGCCGAGAAAAUACUAAUGUCCGCUCAGCUGCUGCCUCCUAAGCCUUCAGAACAUUCCAUCCUGACUUAGAAUUCCGAGUGCUGGGGCAGAUGGGGGGGGGGGGAAAGAAUGUAAAUUAGCUUAAAAGGGGGAGUCUAGCCAUGCCUUUGAUUUUUAUUCUUGUUACAAGAGCUGCGUGUGCCCAGGGUCCACGUAGGCCCUCUGCUGGCCACUCCUUACCCCCAGGCCACCCUCUGCUCAUCUCUGAACCUGCUUACAGCCAGGGCCCUUCUGUUACGGCCUCUUGUCUCCGUGCAACUUUUCUGCCCUCCUUCUCCCCAUUUUUUGUGACCAUUUCCAGCUACCUGUGCGAGUGACGGUGAGACUACCUCAGAAUGUAGUCAAGAACUCCCCAGCGUCCUAUGGGUGGGAGCCUCAGGACCUUUGCCCUAGAAGGCAAGCCUUGGGGGGCGUUGUGGGGGAUUCCCAGCCUGCCUCUCCGAGGUGGUCCUAACUCUGCCUUGGCUAUGGUGCAGACAUUCCACAAGUGUUUGUAUGUAGCCCUAUGUGUCUCACUUUCUUGGUUGAAGGAGGCUCUUGCUUUACCCCCAACUCCCACUGAGCCAGCAGCCAUCCGUAUGGUCCCAUUCUGGAGGCCUUCGUGCCGCUCACGCUUCCUGCCCACCCUCUGCCCUGCCCCCCAGCUCAGCCUGUGUGAAAGCUCGGCUUACGUCGGUCCUUCCCUGAUCUGUCCUCGCAGCAGAGCCAACUCCCCCCCCGCGCCGUGUUGCUGCUGCUUUUGCUGCUUAGCGUUUUCUCUUUAUCGUCUUUCUAA